AUGAAAUAAUAUCAUCCGCCAUGGCCAAUUAUAAAUACAGCACACUUGAAAUGUGCUUCAUGAAAAAGAGAAUAAAUUCAAUACCAUGUGAUUUUUAAAAUAGUUUAUGAAACUUUUGUGUUAAAGUUGUGUUCUCUUUUUUUAUGUGAAUGAAGUAGUAAUGAAUGCAAAUAUCUAAAAGAUGUAUUCAUAUUCAUGUACAGUUAAAUGUAAGGAAUACCAUUCAUAUAUAUAUUUCUAAUUAAGUGGAAAGGAACUAUCAUAAUUAUAUUUGACAUAAAAAAGUUUUCUUUUCUUUUCCUUUUCACGUAACAUUCAAAAUUACAAUUUCUAAAUUAUUAAAAAGGAACUAUUCUCAUUUUAUUGGAUUGUAACAGAAAGAAGUGUUUUCAAAGUAUCAGAAAUCACACUUAAAACAUGUUUCCUUGCCCAUCGAAUUCAAACAUUUGACGGAUAUGCUAAUCCAAUAACGCAUGCGUCUUGUAUAUCUAAACAUUUCCUUGUGUAUGUACAGCGAAAUUAAUAUCAAACUUUGAUAUUCAUAUAAUAUGUGUGAGGAAAUCGAAGGAUGGGUACAAAUUGGUACUUCGUGCUGUUAUAAUUAUUACCACAAUGGAUCAACAUGUGUUCAUUGUCUCGCCGGCUAUUAUGGAACAGAUUGUCUUAAGCACUGCGAUCCGGGCUUCUAUGGUAAACUAUGUGUAGACAGAUGCAACUGUGUUAAAGACAUUUGCAAUCAUAUAUUAGGAUGUUCAACUGUUUCUACGGAAAGUUUAAUCUCCCCUUCCGAACGCUUGACAUUAUCAAGUCCUCAAGUCCAUGUUUCAACUAACUACAAAAGCCAUUUGACUACUGUAUAUCCUACCGUCAAACCUUCAAAAAACGUAUCUAGAAGUUAUGUUACAACAUCCUUUAUUACAACUAAAAUCACUUAUGAUGUUAUUACUACGAGUUCAAAACGUCUAAACAUUGCUACAACCACAACGUCAAGUAAACCACUUGAUACCAACAUUUACCUAAUGGCAAUAGGAGGUGUAAUUGCUCUGUUUCUUGGUAUUCUUAUUAUUCAAUUUUGUGUAAAACUUUGUUUAAAACGACGAAAGUAUUCACAACAGCUUUCUUUGAAACGAACCAAGAGUACCCCGGUAAAAGAGGAAGAAACAUAUCAAGAUAUUAACGAGGCUUUGAUGACUAUUAGGCGAUACGAUAAUCCUAUUGAACAUCAUCAACCUGGAAAAUACUUUGAACUACAUUCAGCAGAGCAAGUUCACACUUUUGAGCCAUAUGAUAAGAUCAAAUCCCAAAUACAAUAUCAAGAGAUAGCUGACUCAACUGUCGUAUCAUCAACCAGUUCUGAUUCUAAUAACAGCUCUACAUCAUACCUAAAACCAAAGUCAAGCAAACGACGCAGCUACGUAGAUGUUAUAGAUUCUACCUCUAAUAUGAAUGGAACCAGUGAUCAAGACGGUAAAGAUUACGAAUUACCAGCAGCAAAUCCACUUACAACAGCACCAUAUGAUCAAAUAAAUACUCCUCUGCAAAAUAAAGACAUUGCUGAGACUCAAGGAAUCUUAUCAACAAGUUCUGGAUCUAGUAACAGCAAUAAAUCAUACUUAAAUCCGACUUCAAACCAAAGACAUAGCUAUGUAGAGGUUUUGGAUUCAAACGAUAUUCCGUUUCAAGAUACUAUUUUACAUGUAACUGACGGCAGCAGGAACAGUAACUGCAGCGUAUCAUCUCAAUAUCUUGAUCCUAUCGUUGAUGAAAACUUAAUAAAGAGUUCUGAAAUAGGUGACCAUAGUGAUGGAUAUCUAGAUGUUACACAUGGGACUCUUUUUUAAUGUUUUAGCUUGAAAUUUCUGUCAUGAUUAAACUAUUUGAAUUUCAUUCUGUAGUGAAUGAAUAUGUCCUACAUGUUAUAAGCAACAAAAUUAAUGAUGUUACGACGACAAAUUUGUGUAAAAGCAUACAAUAACAAAACAUCCGGCAGAUAUAUCAACAAUGUUAUUAAAUAAUGGAAACUAUUUCCUUAAUUUUACAUAGCAUUCACAAAACAUAGUUUUAACCAGGCGCUUUUACACUAGUAUUUAAUCUCCUGAGUACCCAUGCCAUAAAAUAGUUUUACAAAUAAUACGUCAUCAAUCUUACCCAUAUUGCUGACGUUCACGUUUACCUGGCAUUACACAGAAUAUAUUCAUUACAAAUUGUUUUCCCUUUUAUUAAAACUUUUAAGAGUGUUAAAUCCAAUGAACUUGAAAUGCAACUUUAGUUGCAAAACAACUUCAAUAAAAGAUAAAACUAGAAUCAGCUGGUUUAAAUUUUGAUUAAGGUAAACUUUUCAGUUUUUAAUCAAAACUAUUGAUGCAUUGAGAAUCUUGUGUUAAUCAGAUUCCCAAAUCAGAUCCUCAGUCCGCUUCUAUUUUAUUUUCGCUACACAAAGAUCUCCUCGUGUAGCAACAAUGAAAAGAAAAAGAAGCUGAUCAAGGAUCUAAUAUUAAUCAAAUUGGAUGAAUUACUUAUUUUGAAGAGGACACUAGACACUAUAUAAAUCUGAGUUUAAAAAAACUGUAGGUCUAAAUCUUCGGAUUUUAGAUAUGUGUAAAUUGCAACAAAAUCAAUUAUACAUGUAUAAGCAAACCUUAAAAUAUCUCUACAAUUUUUGAAGUUAAAUAUAAAUUGACAUAUUUUAAUCAUUGCAUUUUUUUUUGACAUAUUGUAAUUCCUUCCCAUUUAUCAAGCAAUAAAUUGUCCUAUAGACUGUUCAUAUAGUUUUUAUCUGUAAUUUUUAAUAACAAGUGCGUCCGAUCGAUAUUUAUUACUCUGAGUAUACAUGAACCUAUAUGAAUGUGUAUAUUAUAUUUAUUAUCUUCAUGGUGGGGUUUUUUCAUAAUGUACUAUUUUUUCUAUAUUUGCGUUUACAGUGUUGUCUAUCUUAUUUCAAAUCUCUGUUUAAAAAAGUUAGACACUAGCAAGCGAAAAAAAAGAAUAUAGAUUAUAGCUAGUAUCCAUUUGAUACUGUUGGAAACAAUGUGGAUCCCUGAAGCUUGUUACCUCAUCUUUGCAAACCAUGGUUCUCUAAUCCGCACUUCUUCUCACGCUUCUCCCUUUUUCUUUGUGAGAAGCGGUGUAGAUCAGAAAACCUUGGCUAACAAAGAUGUUGUUACCUUAGUUGUCCGCAUUUUUAACAACUUUAGAUGUGCAAUUACUGAUAUUUACAUGUAAGUAUUUUUUCAUAAAAGCCUCAGUCAAAAAAUGUUUAUAAUAUUUUAUUAAACAUUGACCUUCUUACAUUUAUUAAUGCUGAAUAGUAAAUUUUAACACAAUCUAUGAUCAAUCAAAUUUUUUCGUCUAGCUUGUUCAUGUGCUGGCGCUUGGGACUUUUUUCUUCCUCAUUUGCUGGUCGGUGUAUGUUAAAAAUUUGUAUUAUUUUGAUGCAUUUCAUCUAUAUUCUGUUAUCUGUGUAACAGAAGUAAACAUCAAUCGAAUUAUAUUAUAUUUACAUUGCAAGUUUAUUAAGACAUUAAAUCUUAUUAUUCAGAUUUUCAGUUCUAUAAGAAAAUGUAUUUUACAUGCCAUAGCGCUACUGUUCCUGACAUACAAAAAAGCGAUUUACAACCCACAAAAAAUGGUAAUACUCUAACUUAACCUGUCUCAUUCAUUUUUCAUUGCUAGGCGACACUUUUUAUUUCAUCAGGAUAUAUAAUGAAAAUAAAAUAUUGACUCUAUCUUGAAUAUGAUCAGUCACGUUUUCAUGAACGACAGAUUAAAACUUUUUAAGAGUUCAAAACG